UCUGCUGAGUGGACUAAAGAUGGGGGAGCAAGGUAAUUGGCUGGAGGCUAACAGAGGAUACUGGGCGACCAUCUUGGAUUCCCAGACCCAGACGGGUGCAGCCAAGGGCCCGGGGGACAACAUCACUGAGCAGUCCAGGACCAGAGGCGACAUAGUGGAGAUCAGCGGAUGGGACAGCGUCCUCAACUCUGGGUUGGGGAACAACAGUGUUAACCACAACCAGAAACAGAUAGUCGAACACAAAACAACAACCAAUCAUAUUAUCCAUGACAACAAACUGCCUGAGAACAGGGUGAGGAUUAGAUUUGGUCUACGGGGACAGGGAGGUGUCCCUAUGCAGCGGGAGAGAACAGACACAGACUCGGCUAGCGAUGCUCCAUCCUGCUCCUAUCGUUGUGAUUCAGAGACCCCUCAGGUUACCCCCCCAACAGGUGCAGCCUUCACCAUGCCUUCUAUAGGAUCUAUCAACUGGAACAUGGAGCCUGUGACAACACAGACACUCCCUGGCCUUCGUCCUCCUCACACUCUCCUAAUGUUAAACCAGACCUCAGACAAUGCCAGUGCCUCAAUACUAAAUGGAUACACAAGCCUAUUGACAAAUGACAGUAGUAGUAACGCUAUCAGCAGAUCCGGUGGCAAAGAGAAGCGCUUCCCAUGUUCGUUCUGUGGGAAAGUCUUCAGUUUCCCCAAACAGGUGGAGAUCCACCAGAGGAUGCACACGGGGAGAAAACCAUUCAGCUGCCACCUGUGCCGGGCCAGUUUCUCCCACUCGUCCAGCCUGAAGAGGCACCAGAGGCCUACCACCCCCAAGUUUCGGCCCCACUACUCUCGGGGACCACAGCGCCCUUCGCAGCUCCCCAUGAGGGAGAUGGGCCAUGGGCCUGGGAUCGAGGCACCUGCUCUCAGACGCCGGUCCGCCUCACUGGAAGAGCCAGCUCACCACAUGCCAGCCCCAGCCUUGCCCACUUGA